UUUAGUUCCCCCUCACCCCCUCUUCCAUGGUCAUGAUUCUUAAUCCCUCUUCAUCAGUCAUUUAUUCCGACCCCUGCUUCGUGCCCGUCUCUAACGUUGCAGCUACAAAUCCAACCCGACAGCCUUUUAUCGCUCUCUCAACAUUCGCACACUCAUCUGAUUCUCAAGCAUCUGCAAUUUCGAAUCACGCUUCUACUUCCACCUCACGCCUGCAACUUGAUUCUAGUCCAAUAUCAACCACAUACCUCCCCGACGACCUACAACUGACCCCACCUGAAACAAGAUGUCAGCCGAAAGAAGUGCAGAUAUCAACGGCAAGGCACCAGUCCACCACCAGCCUACAGAAUCUGCCCGCGAAGCAGGUUUGGUCAAUGUGCAACCAGCGCGCCCGGGAGAUCUGCAACCCAAGUAUGCGCAGCAAAUUCAGCACGGCGAUGACAACCCCGAUGCGCAUGGGUGGUACGCAUCAUUCAUUCACGGACUUGGAGAAUGCGUCGGAUGUUUGGGUGCCAUUCCAUGCUGCUUCUGCUGUCCCAACCCAUUCAAACCAGUUGCGCAAGGUGAAGUUGGCUUGAUCACAAGAUUCGGACGAUUUGAACGCUCUGUUGACCCCGGCCUGGUCAAAGUGAACCCGCUGAGUGAGCACCUUACAGCGGUGGAUGUCAAGAUUCAAAUCGUCGAAGUACCUCGCCAGAGCUGCAUGACCAAAGACAAUGUCAAUUUGAACCUGAGUUCUGUGAUAUACUACCAGAUCAUUUCUCCCCACAAGGCCGCAUUCGGAAUCUCAAAUGUACGACAGGCGCUUGUGGAGCGCACUCAAACUACACUGCGUCAUGUCAUUGGAGCGAGAGUUUUGCAAGACGUGAUUGAACGCCGUGAAGAGAUUGCUCAGUCAACAUCGGAAAUCAUUGAGGACGUUGCUGCUGGAUGGGGUGUCCAGGUUGAAUCCAUGCUCAUCAAGGACAUUAUUUUCAGCAGUGACCUGCAGGACUCCCUUUCUAUGGCGGCGCAAUCCAAGCGUAUUGGUGAAAGCAAGGUCAUUGCUGCUCGUGCUGAAGUCGAAUCAGCCAAAUUGAUGCGUCAGGCCGCUGAUAUUCUAUCCUCCGCACCUGCGAUGCAAAUUCGUUACCUCGAGGCAAUGCAGUCUAUGGCUAAGACAGCCAACAGCAAAGUCAUCUUCUUGCCGGCAAUGAAUCAGACUGUGCAGCAACAGCUGGCUACAGCUGAAAGUGCUGGCGAAGGACCUAGCCGGUACGGACAAGCCGAUGAUGGAUUCCAACGUGCAAUGAACGCGCGUGUGGUCGAAGAUAUCUAAGCGGGAUAUACCGCGAUGACGAAAUUGUGCAGGGCGUGACGAUUAUUUCAUUCCUGAUGAGUAUAUGGUAAUGAUUCGUGGGCGCUGUCUAUAUUUCGGGGAUUUCACAUCGCCUUAUAGCCUUGUGCCUUUCCUCUCGUUUACUUGGCUUUGACGAUACCCACCUUCUUUUGUUCCAUGCUUGUGAUACAUUAGUAAUGCG